CAUUGAUAAAAUGCAACCGUAUUCAUGGCUGUACUAUGUAAUAUGGUAGUACUCUCCUGGAUCGUCUCUAUUUUAGCCUUCGCUCUUACUUUAUCAAAAUAUUAUAAUCUAGAAAUCUGUGUUAUUUCUCUCGUGACCGUUCAUGAUAUUCGACCAUCGAUUUGUCAGUUUAAUGCGUGAUUUCAUCUGUGUGUGAAGUGAAUAGAUAUAUACACAGUGGGAAGUGUUAAAGGAAAAAGGAAUGGCUAAGUGUAAUAAAAAAAAGUGGAGCUCGAGACGCGUUUCUAUAAAACAAAAGAUGCAGAAUUUGAGACGACAAAAAAAUGUACUGCGGCAUAAGAUGGACAACAUGUUAACACCAACGCCAACUGAUGAAACUCUGAGGGAAAAGUGGAGCAUGUCCAUUCCAGGAGUGGAAUUUUUAAGAUCGAAUCAACGCGUGUGUGAAUUUCAUUUUGAGGAUCGUUUUUUAAUCAAAGAAUAUAAAAAACAUGAUCACAGUGAUAAUAUUAUAGCACAGGUUCCUCUUGCACAUGCUCAUUUAGAGAAAGGUGCUGUGCCAACAAUAUUUGACCACACUUAUGGAUCAAAACGUGUUCCUAAUGCUGUAACUAUAGACCAUACAUAUGCAUUACCACCAUGCUCCUCCCACCCAGUGAUAAAGGUUGAAACUGAAGAUGUUAAUAUAAAUACCAAUGAUGAACAGUUACUAGAUCCAUCAAGAAAGGAUGAAUUACAGAGUGAAGAUUUAUCUCCAAAAAUUGAUACAAAUUUUGUGUCCACUCAGUUUCAAUGUUUUACUUCUACGUCUUCUGACAUUCACACUAAUGUGGAUUUUAAGUGUGAGAAUGAAAUACUGAGCGAGGACGUGGAAAUAAAGCAUGAAUGUUCAACAAAUGAUGAUUUACAAUCUCAAUCGAUAGCGAAUGAUAAUCCGCAAGAGGACACGAAUAUGUACAAAAAUUCUGAGUGUGUUUGGACCAGUGUUGUUUUUGACUCUAUUUCAUUCAAAUUAAGAUCUCUAACUGAUGGUGGUUAUGAGGACAAUUCAUGUAUAAAACUGCCAAAACCGUGGAACGUGAAUAAAUUACCGAAUGGAUCGGAAGAAACUCUUUUAUUCACAUGCAUUGUACAGAACGAAGAAUACGGAAUUCAAAAACAUAUUCUUGAGAAAGCCGUCAUAAUUAAGGCAUCUAGAGAAAUAACUUAUGAAGUUUAUUCUACACCUGUUGAUGUUAGUUGUGCAAAACUUCCAACAUUUUUAAAAGAGAUUUCAAGAUUGCCAGAGAUAUUAAAAAAGUUUAAGGAUUUACGUAUUUGCCAAGGUAUUAUGCCUGUAGACAUAGAUUAUGUACAAGAUAAAGCUGAUUUCAGAAAAGACAUCUAUUCAAAUUUACGUCAUAAAGAUUGCUCUAUUUUAUCGAUUAAUAGCAAAAGAUGCGCUGUUUGCAAAAAAUCUUCUAAAACGUUAUCACAAAAAGUUAAAAGAAUAAGAAACAGAAAGAACAUACAGCGUAUAUUUAAUUCCGUAAAUCUUCUCGAUCAAAUGAAAUUUAAAGCUUUAAAAAAGAAAAUUAAGUUUCGUGCUGCGAAAACUUAUUGUUUAAAAAAGAGAUAUAAGUCACUAACCGAUUCCUUACAAAAUCAGCAAAAUAAAGUUACUAUCAUCACAAAUAAAUGAACUCUGGUAUUCUGAUGAAUAUCAGAUACUAAAGUUACUAUAAAUUCUUACGGAAACAUGAUAUCGUCCGUUGGAAAUGCUCUGUUAUUUGAGUCGGAAAUGCUCCAAUAGAUCCAAGAUUAUCUAGAAGGCAUGCACAGAUAGAUAAUCUAGCCAAAAUUCGUACGCGUUUUCUAACUCAGGACGGAGCAAAAACCACGAAUACCAGACAUCGUGUACCGGAAACGCCUUACCCCACUUCCCGUUCAGUGUCGUGCACCAUCUGUCGGAAUAUCAAUGAGGAAGAAGUUUUACUGUAUAUUCUUGUAUAUAAUAAUUCCGAUAAUAUUUAUAUCUUUUUAUCGGCUGUAUCUUAAAUAAAAUUAUCCUCCUCACUUA